AGAGGGAGGGGAGAAAUGGAGAUGCCAGGAUGAAUGACAGAAGAGAAAAGCAGAGGGAUGGAGUCUGAACCCUUAGAUCCCUUUCAGCCAUGUAGCCAACCUGGAAGACUGUUCAUGUUUUUUUUCUGCAGUGUGUUUGCAUUCCUACUGAUAUGAUCCACACAGGACCCAUGGACGAGGAGAGGUUCUCUCUGCUGGCGUCUGACCUGUGCUGAGGGAGGAAAGUACCGCUUCUACCAGAUAAACUGAGGAAAAGUUCUUUUCAUUGUAUCCACAGAGAGGAGCAGUGCAGGAAGAUGAAGGAUGUUAGUGAUCCCGACGCGGAGGUCCGGAGAACAUGUUCCUUUGAUCGGACUGUGAGGAUCUGCAGCAGCUGGAAGGUUUUCCUUCUGCUGGUCUGUUUGUUCCACAGCAGCCUGACCUCCCUGCUGGACUGUCCGCCCACCUGCACCUGCUCUUCCACCGAGAUCUACUGCAACAAGUCGGACAACAGCAGCAUUUCUCAGCUGCUGUCUUUCCACAUGACGGGCGCGGAGAAUAUGAGCGAGAGCAUCGUGGACCUUUUCCAGAACAUCACCAGCAUAUACCUUGAGAACUGGAUAGGUCUGAAAGCAUUGAAAGAUGUGGACAUGGAGCUGUACCCUGGCUUACAGAGACUAACUAUCACCCGUAGCAGCCUGCACACACUCCAUCCUCGGGUUUUCUCCAAGAACCUCAACUUGCGCUACAUAAACUUGUCAAUGAACCCCAUGUUGAAGACACUGUCCUGGCAUGUCUUUGAACAUCUGCAGCUCACAGCACUGCAUCUGGAGGGAGUGGUGUUUUCCUGCGGGUGUGAGAUCCGCUGGCUGCAGCUGUGGCAGCAGAGAGGAGAAGCAGGCCUGAGCAGCCAGCAGCUGACGUGCUCCACCGGACAAACACACAUCCUGCUGCUGGACAUGAACGUCACCAACUGUGACCUGCCAGUGGUCAGCGUCAGUCACAGCAACCUGACAGUUGUGGAAGGUAACAAUGUCACAGUGAUCUGCAACGGCUCUGCACUGCCAAUACCUGAGGUGGACUGGGCUGUCAAUGGCUUACACUCCAUCACCACACAACAGGAUGAAGUGUAUGACAACAGUAUUCACUCCAUCACCAUAACACUGGCCAACGUGAAAAGGGAGGACAACAAUUUCUGGCUAAAUUGCACCGCCAACAACGUCGUAGGCUUCGCUAAUGCUUCUGUUCACCUAAUCGUUCACUUCCCUCCGUCCAUUCAGAAGCUUAAGGAGCCAGAACGCCGCCAUGACACAUGUAUAGAGUUUACUGUUCGGGGUUCGCCUCAUCCAAUCUUAAGAUGGUUUCAUGAAAAUGAGGAAAUUUCACACAAUGAGUACAUCCGCCAGGAUAUGGACAUUUACAACGACGACUUGGAGGGUUGCCUUCUUUUUAAAAACCCAACGCACUACAAUAAUGGCAACUACACUUUGAAAGCAACCAACUAUCUAGGUCAGGUCAACAGAACAGUGUAUGGACACUUCCUCGAAAUGCCCCCUCCUGAUUAUGAUUAUGGAACCCCAACUGCAGAGACUCACAAACCUUUGGAAGAUCCUUUUGGGGUCUCCAUGGCUGUAGGCUUGGCAGUGUUUGCCUGUGUAAUCCUCGUGGUUCUCUUUGUUUUGAUCAACAAGUAUGGACGACGUUCCAAAUUUAUCAUUAAAGGCCCAGGAGCAGUGAUGAGUGGGGAAGAAAACUCUGCCAGUCCGCUCCAUCAUGUAAAUCAUGGCGUGAUAAGCCCCUGUGCUCUGGAUGUUGGGUUAGAUUCCGUGGUGAUUGGCAUGUCCAGGAUCCCCAUUAUAGAGAAUCCACAGUACUUCAGACAUGGACACAACGGUACCAAACCAACCACUUAUGUUCAACAUAUUAAACGUCGGGAUAUCAUUUUGAAGAGGGAGCUCGGUGAAGGUGCCUUUGGAAAGGUCUUCCUGGCUGAAUGUUACAACUUAAGUCCAACCAAGGAUAAAAUGCUGGUAGCUGUGAAGACUCUAAAGGAUCCCACACUUGCAGCUAGGAAGGACUUCCAGCAUGAGGCAGAGCUGCUGACCAACCUGCAGCACGAACACAUAGUCAAGUUCUAUGGAGUGUGUGUGGAUGGAGACCCUCUCAUCAUGGUUUUUGAAUACAUGAAGCACGGAGAUCUCAACAAGUUUCUCAGAGCCCAUGGACCAGAUGCCACAAUCCUUGUAGAUGGGCAGCCUCUUCAGACCAACGGGGAGCUGGGUCUGUCCCAGAUGCUUCACAUAGCGAGUCAGAUCGCAGGGGGGAUGAUCUACCUGGCAUCCCAGCACUUUGUCCACCGUGAUCUGGCAACAAGGAACUGUUUGGUGGGGAAUGGCCUCCUGGUGAAAAUAGGAGAUUUUGGGAUGUCCAGAGACAUUUACAGCACAGAUUACUACAGGGUUGGAGGUCACACCAUGCUUCCCAUUCGCUGGAUGCCCCCAGAGAGCAUCAUGUAUAGGAAAUUCACCACAGAGAGCGAUGUCUGGAGCUUUGGGGUUAUUCUGUGGGAGAUCUUCACAUAUGGCAAACAGCCGUGGUUUCAGCUCGCCAACAAUGAGGUUAUUGAAUGCAUUACCCAGGGCAGGGUACUAGAGCGCCCAAGAGUCUGUCCAAAGGAAGUCUAUGACAUCAUGCUGGGCUGCUGGCAAAGGGAGCCACAGCAGCGCCUCAUCAUUAAAGACAUUCAGAAGAAGCUUUUGGCCUUGAUGAAAUCCACACCAGUUUAUCUGGACAUAUUGGGAUGAGAAAAGGGUUCAAAUGUAACCCUGGAGGCAAAGGAACAAAACUCUCAUACAAGACCCCAGUCAAUUCAACAUGUACAGCAGGAUAAAGACUCACAUCUGCUCUGCAUCUGUUUUACUUAAUAGAAGCCAAACUACCUUAAAUAAUCCUGGAAAUUAGGUAGACCAAAAAGACCCUAACACUCAUACAAAAUAUAUUGUAGAUUUGUUUUCAUUUUUUACAUGAACUCAAAGCAUAAGAUAAAUUUAGAACUUCACAUUGUAACAAACUGGAGGUAAGUUUGUCAAUAAUAUUGCCCUAGUCUGGAUUUUUAAAACCAUUUUGAAUAAAUUGCUCCACCCACAUGCAUAGGUUAUUGCAGCAUUAUUGCUUUUUCAGUCCUGACCUACAGUAGUCAUUUUUGUAGUUUGGUGAUUUGUGAGAUAUACUGUCAUAGAUGUCACUGUAUGUGCCUACAUGUUAAUCAGAAUUCAUUUUUUCCACACUCUGUUGUGUUCAGUACUCGAUAUUACAGUACUUUGUCAUUUUAUAUGCAUAAUAAUAAAAAGAUUACAUGCACUAAACUCAAAUAACGUUGGUCUUCAGUCUGGUGAUUCUAUAGCUGCAUGAAGGACAGGAUUGAAUAGUUCUUGAAGAUGGCAGAAGGUUAUUCUUAAAAUAAAAACAUAUUCUUUCUGUAUAAAAAUUUAUUUUCAAAAUGAAAGUGAGAUCCUGGUGAGCUCAACAUUUUACCUUCAUGACAGAAAAAUCUCAAUACAUAUUUUAAAACUGAGAAACCAUUAGUAAAUAUCAACUUUGCUGAUUACAUUGCAUUUUGGCAACAUGGCAUUGGAGAUGUUCAGGAAAGUAAAGUUUUUGCACACAAAUGUACCAUCCAUCUCCCCACUUUAACAUGAUAUUACUAUACUUUGAAGUAAUAUUUUCGACAUUAUACACAUAAUGUAAACGUGCAUGAUGUACAUACAUGACAAACAAUUUGCAUAUUCUGUGUACAUAAUUUGUAUAAUGUUGCACACGUUAUGAAUAAAUAUAAUGUGUAUACAUUGUCCAAAUGUAAGAAACAUUUGGGCCAUAAUUCUUGAUUGCAUGUUGUUCAGGUUUAGUGUCAGGACAUAACCACAUUAUGAGGCUUUGCAUGCCUGCCUCAGUGCACAGCACUGUGUGUGACUCCAAAUCCCACAAGUCACUGCACUUUAUAUUUUACUUUAAAAGGUGUGGAGCUUAUAAGCGAACCAUUGCACCAGGAUUUUGUGCAACUAACAGCACUGUCCGCAUACUGUCUUCCUGCUGCCAUGGUAACAAGCAUCACUCAGAUCUAUUCUUUCUUUAGCACUUUGUUAAUUUUGAGGACAAUGAUGUGCAAUUUACAUAAUUAAACACAAAUUUUACUGUUGGAAAAUAUAUGUUCUGCCAGAUAUGAAGCUGUGAAAUCCUGUCAAUUUUAUUCAUUUGUCUUUAUGUUCUUGUUCAACUGAGAACAACACAAUAUUGUUUUAGAGGCGACCGUCACCGUACUGUCAUAUUCAAUAAAUUAGAAUAUGUAUUCUAAUGAGGGUUGUUAGCUAAAAAGUACCUUUUGAAAAUACCUUAAAAGCAGGUAUGAAGAAUACUUUUCAUUAAGCUGACAUUUCUGUAUUAAAAAUAUUUGUUGAUUGGUCUGAUGUCAUAUUCUAACUUUUGAUGUCUUUUUGUAGCUUAAAGUGGAACAUUUUAACAGAAAUAAAGGCUU